ACUCUAUAACAUUUAUUCGAUAAGGACACUUCAGGAUUAAACACCGUUCAAAAUGAAUGUAAUAAUUCCGGUUGACGGAAGCGAACGAUCGGAAUCAGCACUUGACUGGUACAAAACCCACGCACAUAUGGAAGCGAAUACUGUAUGGCUUAUUCACUGUGCUAAAAUGCCUUCGCUAGACGCUGGUGGCGGCGAAGUAUUCUUAACGGCCGACAUGUAUAGUAAUGCGCUUCUAAAGCUUAAAGCAGAAGUAAAGAAGUACGAGGAGAAGUGUACUGAAUUGUUGAAAUCCAAAGGGAUUAACGGUCGGGUAAAAACAUUCUUUAAUUCACGAGUGGGCGAAGUGAUUGUGGAAGCCGCCAAGGAAUUGAAUGCUGGUUUAAUAAUCGUAUCUAGCAGGGGUCACGGGAGCGUUCGUAGAGCUGUUUUAGGAUCUGUUUGCGAUUAUCUUAUUCACGAAGCUCCUUGCAAUGUUGCUGUCCAUAUGGUAAAGAGCAGGGCACAAUAAUUCGUCACUGAGUUUAAUGACUAUUAAAUAUAUAUAUACUAAUAUAUAUGUAAUUUGUUAUAAAUACUAUAGAUUUAAAUAGAUACAUUGAUAUUUUAUGAAAUUUCCUUUUCAAUAAUCAACUCUAUUCUAGACG